ACGAGUCACGCGCUCACGCCUCCCCAUAAAAUUCGGCUGCUUCUGUUCUGCGCCCUGCAAUCUCCGCACGGCUCCUCGAAACGCAACGCGGCCCCCGCGCGCGGGACGCAGGAUCCAUCCAUUGAUCGAUGGGCGACAAGCCAGGAGAGGCGGUCCAGGAGCCGCUGCUCCCCGCGCGGCCGCCGGAUAAGGCCGCGGCAGACGACGAUGAGCAGCGUGUCCUCGCCGCGGCGGAGGCGAAGCGUCUGGUGCGUCUGGCUGGGCCGAUUGUCGCCAGCUGCUUGCUGCAGAACGUCGUCAGCAUGGCGUCCAUCAUGUUCGUCGGACACCUCGGCGAGCUCCCCCUCGCAGGCGCCUCCCUCGCCACCUCCCUCGCCAACGUCACCGGAUACAGCCUCCUCACGGGCAUGGCGACCGCGCUGGACACGCUCUGCGGGCAGGCGUUCGGCGCGCGGCAGUACCACCUGCUUGGCGUCUACAAGCAGCGCGCCAUGGUGGUGCUUGGGCUCGUCAGCGUCCCCAUCGCGCUCGUCUGGGCGUACGCCGGUCAGAUCUUGGUCUUGCUCGGCCAGGAUCCGGACAUCGCUGCGGAGGCCGGCGCGUACGCACGUUGGCUCAUCCCAUCGCUCGCCGUGUACGUGCCCCUGCAGUGCCACGUGCGGUUCCUGCAGACGCAGAGCGUCGUCCUGCCCGUCACGGCGAGCUCCGGCGCUACGGCGCUCUGCCACCUUGCCGUGUGCUGGGCACUGGUGUACAAGGCCGGCAUGGGCAGCAAGGGCGCUGCGCUGAGCAACGCCAUCUCGUACGCCAUCAAUCUGGUGAUACUCGCACUGUACGUGAGGCUGUCGCGCACUUGCAAGGGCACAUGGAAUGGGUUCUCAAAGGAGGGGCUCAGGGAGCUGCGCCGGUUCGCGCAGCUCGCGGUGCCGUCUGCUAUGAUGAUUUGCCUGGAGUGGUGGUCGUUUGAAAUCCUUGUGCUGCUGUCUGGUCUUCUGCCGAAUCCUCAGCUUGAAACUUCAGUGCUAUCAAUUUGCCUUAACACUGGGGCUCUGCUCUACAUGAUACCAUUGGGGCUUACUUAUUCCAUAAGCACGCGCGUUUCGAAUGAGCUUGGUGCUCGGCAGCCUCAGGCAGCAAAGUUGGCUACAAGAGUAGUCAUGUACAUGGCCUUAUCUGAAGGACUGGUCAUAUCGUUGACCAUGACAUUGCUACGGAGUGUUUGGGGAUAUAUGUACAGCAAUGAGGAGGAAGUCGUGACAUACAUCGCUAAAAUGCUGCCGAUUCUCGGGAUAUCUUUCUUCAUAGACGGGCUUCACAGCUCUCUUUCAGGUGUGCUCACAGGCUGCGGAAUGCAAAAGAUCGGUGCAGUCGUAAAUCUUGGCGCGUUCUACUUGUUAGGCAUCCCAAUGGCCGUGCUGCUUGCGUUCGUCUUUCAUCUGAAUGGAAUGGGUCUUUGGCUCGGCAUCGUCUGCGGCAGCCUCUUGAAGUUGCUGUUGCUUCUAUCCAUCUCUUGGUUCAUAGACUGGGACAAGGAGGCAGGCAAGGCUAAGGACAGGGUGUUCAGCUCAUCUUUGCCAGUAGCAUGAAAAUAUGAAGCAUCACAUGUAAAGUUGCAGGCAAUUGAUAGCAUACCAAAUUGGUGUUAUUGCUUCGGCAUCGGCAAAUAUUUAUCAAGAAUGCAUGGAUCCGGUCUGAGAGGGAAUAGAUCUAUGGUGUAAAAUGAUCAGUAUUUCUACAGAAGCCAGUGAAAUUACGGCGUCAAAAGGACUGUGCCAUACUAUGAUGAGCAGAGCCUGUUUCAGCAAUUUUGGACUGGGUGCUGUGUAUGAUUGAUUUUUCGCUGGCAACAAGUGAUGGAACUGAGCUCUAGGCUCUAGAUAGGAUACAAAUUAUAGGUGCAUAUAAUUUUGGUACCAGCAAUGGUUUCAGGUUAUACGACUAGAUUCGCCGAAAAAAAGAAUUUAUGACUUUGCUGUGAAUCGAAUAGCCUCUUAACUA